CGGCUUCCGGCGGCGAUGGCGGCGGCGGCGGCGGCCCCGGGCCCGGGCCCGGCCGAGGCUCCCGCGGCCGCUCCGGAGCUCAAGAGCCGCUUCCGCACCCGCGAGGGCUCCUACCGCCUGCUGGGCCCCGCCACCGCUGCCGCCGCCGCCGCCUCCGCCGCCUCCUCCGCCGGGCCCGCCCCGGCCGGGCCCGCCCCGCCGGGCCCCGGGGCGCUGCCGCCGGUUCGGCUCUCGAUGGUGCGGCUGGCGCGGAGCCGGAGCCCCCCCGGAGGCGCCGCCGAACGCAGCCGCGUCUGCUGCAACCUCGGCCGGGAGCUGCAUUUCUACGGAGGGGCCGGAGCCGGGGGACGCGGCAGCCGCAGGGCCCUGGACCUGCAGCGGCCCAUCGACAAGCGCGUCUACAAGGGCACGCAGCCCACGUGCCACGACUUCAACCAGUUCACGGCGGGCGCCGAGACGCUGGCGCUGCUCGUGGGCUUCUCGGCCGGCCAGGUGCAGUACCUGGACCUGGCCAAGAAGGACAGCGCCGGCCGGCUCUUCAACGAGGAGCGCCUGAUCGACAAAUCCAAGGUCACCUUGGUCAAGUGGCUACCGGACACGGAGCGCCUGUUCCUGGCGUCGCACGCCAGCGGCCACCUGUACCUGUACGACUCGGAGCAGCCGUGCGGGGCCACCAGCCCGCAGUACACGCUGCUGACGCAGGGCGAGGGCUUCAGGGUGUUCUCCUGCAAGAGCAAGACGCCGCGGAACCCCCUCCUCAAGUGGGCCGUGGGCUCGGGGCCGCUGAACGAGUUCGCCUUCUCGCCCGACGGGCGCUCGCUGGCCUGCGUUAGCCAGGACGGCGUGCUCAGGGUCUUCCACUUCUCGUCCAUGCUGCUGCAGGGGAUGAUGAGGAGCUACUUCGGGGGGCUGCUCUGCGUCUGCUGGAGCCCCGACGGCCGCUACGUGGUCACCGGUGGCGAGGACGACCUGGUCACCGUGUGGUCGUUCGCCGAGGGCCGCGUGGUAGCCCGCGGCCACGGCCAUAAGUCGUGGGUCAACGCUGUGGCUUUUGACCCUUUCACCACCACGCCGCCGCCGCCUGACCACGCUGGGGAUGACCACGGCGAUGCCCCCGAGGAUGCCCCGGCCCCUCCGAGCGUCACCUACCGCUUCGGCUCGGCCGGCCAGGACACGCAGUUCUGCCUGUGGGACCUCACCGAGGACGUGCUGGACCCUCGGCCACCUCCUCCUCCUCCUCCUCCUCCUCCUCGCCGAGUGACCACUGAGCCCGCUUCCAUGCCGGGCUUGCCACGCUCCUUAUCCCGCUCCAACAGCCUCCCGCAGCCCGGCGGGGGUCCCCAGAUGUCCCCCCGCGUCCCCCCGGCGCUGAGCGCGGGGCGAUUCGCCACGCUCACCCUGCGGGACCCCCCCGAGAAGGAGCACAAACGUUACCACAGCUUGGGCAACAUCAGCCGCGGCGGGGGUGGCUCGGAGAAGCCCCCCGGGGGUGGCCCGGGAGGGUCGAGGGGGUCUCUGGACAUGGGCAAGGUGUUGGGGACGGCGCUGUGCCCGCGGCUGCACGAGGUGCCGCUGCUCGAGCCGCUGGUGUGCAAGAAAAUCGCCCAGGAGAGGCUGACGGUGCUGCUGUUCCUGGAGGAUUGUAUCGUGACAGGCUGCCAGGAGGGGCUCAUCUGCACCUGGGCGCGGCCCGGGGUCUCCGGCCUGUCCUCGCAGAACGGCGGCUCCCCGAGUGGCACCGUGGUGUAGCUGUCACCUGUGUCACCUCCCGUGCCACCCGUGCCACCCACCAGGACGCGUGUCACCCGCCGGGGUCACCCCUCCGCCCCCGUGUCACCCGCACGUCCCCGCGGUGUCACCCCCGUACUACUGAGCCUCCCCCUCCCCUCCCCCCUCCCCGGCGCUGUCGCCGCGGUGUCACCGCUGUCCCCUGACCCCGGGGUGGCACCGCUGUCCCCUGACCCCAGGGUGGCACCGCUGUCCCCUGACCCCGGGGUGGCACCGCCGUGGCCGGGGACCACCCCACCCCCACCCCACCCCCGUGCCUUGGUCACUUUAUUGUCCCCGCGGGGCCACCGCUGUCCCCGGCCCUUAUUUAUACUGAAGAGACUCUUUUGGCACC